AUGGAAAGGCCUGAUGAAUAUCUGGAUGAGAAGCAAACCAUCUCUCACGGCACAGAUGUCAAUAUUGAUCUCGCAUCGAAAGAGGCACAACUUACGAAGCUCGACUCCAAGCAUGUGAUUGUGGAGAAUGCACUCGAUUCAGACCCUUUCGGACAUCUUCCAGCCGGGGAAGCUGAGAUUCUUAAACGACAGGUCGUGGUUCCGCCCGUCCAAGUAACAAUUCGAACACUUUAUCGGUAUGCAACCACUACGGAUUUGGUGUUGAUUGCAAUCUGCGCUCUCUGUGCUAUCGCUGCCGGUGCUGCCCAGCCUUUAAUGACUGUCAUCUUCGGCAAUCUGUCCGGUCAGAUCUCUUCAUUCGCCGGUGGAGGCAGUGCCUUGGAAGACUUUCGCGCUAAGCUUUCUCACAACGUGCUUUACUUUGUUUAUUUGGCCGUCGCCAAAUUCUUCGUCACUUAUAUCUCAACUGUUGGGUUCAUCUACACUGGAGAAAAGAUCAGUGGACGGAUCAGGGAGGAAUAUCUUGCUGCGUGCUUGCGCCAGAACAUCGGAUACUACGACCACCUUGGGGCUGGCUCAAUCGUCACACGCAUCACGUCCGACACUAAUCUCAUUCAAGAUGGUAUUUCGGAAAAGGUGAGCCAAAGUCUGAUGGCGAUUGCGACAUUCUGCACGGCUUUCAUUAUUGCUUUCAUCAAAUACUGGAAGCUUGCUCUCAUCCUCUGUUCGAUCAUCGUUGCCAUUGUGAUCGUGCUAGGUGGCUGCGGAAAAUUCAUGGUCCAGUACAACAAGCAAUCACUGGCUUCGUACGCACUCGGAGGAACCGUGGCCGAGGAGGUUCUUUCUUCGAUUCGGAACGCCGUGGCCUUUGGUACCCAGGAGAAGCUGGCUUUGCAAUACGAUGUGCACCUGGCUGAGGCUGAGAAAUGGGGCUUCAGACAGAAGGCUGUUCUCGCCGGCAUGAUGGGCUUUGCCAUGUGGGUUGUCUACCUCAGCUAUGGUCUAGCGUUCUGGCAAGGCUCCCGCUUUCUCGUCGAAGGCGAAGUCAGCAUUGGUCCAAUUCUGACCAUUAUUCUCGCCAUGUUGAUCGCCUCUUUCAGUCUUUCGAAUGUUGCUCCUAACGUCCAAGCGUUUACCACUGGACUUGCGGCUGCGGCGAAAGUUUUCGAUGCCAUUGAUCGGGCCUCGCCACUUGAUCCCACGUCUACCGAGGGUUUGAUGCUAGAGCAUGUCGAAGGAACCAUUGAACUUAAAAACAUUAAGCACAUUUACCCUUCACGCCCUGAGGUGUGCGUUAUGCAGGAUGUCAGCCUGGUCAUUCCGGCUGGCAAGAAAACAGCCUUGGUAGGUUCCUCCGGCUCAGGAAAGUCAACUAUUGUUGGGUUGAUCGAGCGUUUUUACGACCCAGUCGCUGGUGAGAUCUUCCUUGAUGGCCAUGAAAUCUCUACUUUGAAUCUGCGCUGGCUACGCCAACAGAUUUCCUUGGUGAGCCAAGAGCCAACAUUGUUCGCAACCACUAUCUUUGAAAAUAUCGCUCACGGUCUCAUCGGCACGAAAUUCGAGAAUGAAAGUUUGGAAAGUCGCUGUGAACGAAUCUACGAGGCGGCCAAGAUGGCAAACGCCCAUGACUUUGUCACCGGACUGCCGGAAGGAUAUGAUACCCACGUCGGUGAAAAGGGAUUCUUGCUUAGUGGAGGACAGAAGCAGCGUAUUGCCAUUGCUCGUGCGAUGGUCAGCGAUCCUAAGAUUCUUUUGCUUGAUGAAGCAACCUCAGCACUCGACACCAAAUCCGAAGGCGUUGUUCAGGCAGCUCUGGAAGUUGCUGCCGAGGGGCGAACCACGAUCACUAUCGCUCAUAGACUCUCUACCAUCAGAGACGCAGACAACAUCGUUGUCAUGUCCCAGGGCCGCAUCGUCGAACAGGGCUCUCACCAGGAACUGAUAGAUAUGAAGGGGGCUUAUCAUGGUCUUGUUGAGGCACAGAGAAUCGGAGGCGCAAUUGAGUCGACAUCCCCGGAGCAAGAAGAUGCCCUGUCAGAGGACCUCGACGAUGAGAAUCCUGUGGACAAAAAGCUUACACUCGAUCGUACCAACACGCAGAAAUCUCUAUCCAGCCAAAUUCUACGAGACCGUCAACCCGAGGUCGGACAGAAGUACUCUAUGUGGACACUUAUCAAUUUCAUUGCGGCUUUCAACGCAAGCGAAUGGAAGCUCCUGGUAGUUGGACUUUUCUGGGCUACGAUCUGUGGAGGCGGUAAUCCAACCUCGGCGGUCUUUUUCGCAAAGGAGAUCAUCUCACUUUCAACUUUCGGGGUAACAGCAACAGGCCCCGAGGCCCGAGCACAGAGUAACUUCUGGAGCUGGAUGUACUUCAUGCUGGCGUUUGUCCAGUUAAUUGCGUUCAUCGCCCAAGGUGUGAUCUUUGCGUGGUGCUCUGAGAAACUCACCCGCCGAGUUAGAGAUGCUGCAUUUCGAUCCAUGCUUCGACAAGACAUUUGCUUCUUCGACAAGGACGAAAACUCGGCAGGCGCUCUGACCUCUUUCCUUAGCACAGGCACAACAAGUGUCGCUGGCCUCAGUGGCGCCACUCUGGGAUCCAUUCUCACUUGCUCAACUACAUUGAUUGCUGCAAUCUGUCUUUCCUGCGCUAUUGGCUGGAAGCUGGGACUUGUAUGUACGGCUACUAUGCCGAUUCUGAUAGGAUGCGGAUUCUUCCGAUUCUGGGUUCUCGCCAGAUUUCAAGCGAGGGCCAAGAAGGCAUAUGAGUCCUCGGCUAGUUAUGCUUGCGAAGCUACAUCCGCCAUUCGCACCGUCGCUUCAUUGACUAGGGAACAAGAUGUGAUCGUUCACUACAGAGCUGCAAUUGCCGAGCAGGAGAAGAAGAGUCUUCAAUCUGUUUUGCGGUCUACGCUCUUGUUUGCUUCUUCCGAGUCUCUUGUGUUCCUCUGUAUGGCAUUAGGCUUCUGGUAUGGUGGUACACUCAUCACCACUGGAGAGUAUAGCAUUCUACAAUUCUUCAUCUGUUUCCCUGCUAUCGUUUUCGGAGCUCAAUCCGCAGGAAGCAUUUUCGCAUUUGCUCCAGACAUGGGCAAGGCACAGGAGAGCGCUCGCGAGCUGAAAAAGCUCCUCGACUACAAGCCAUUAAUUGACACCUGGUCGACUGAUGGAGAGAAGGUUGAGGAAAUGGAAGGUCGCAUUGAAUUCCGCGACGUUCACUUCCGUUACCCAACCCGGCCAGAACAACCCGUUCUCCGGGGUCUCAAUCUCACCGUCGAGCCUGGGCAAUACGUCGCAUUGGUGGGUGCUUCGGGAUGUGGAAAGAGUACCACCAUUGCUUUGCUCGAACGUUUCUAUGAUCCCCUCACCGGCGGCGUCUUUGCAGAUGGCAAGGAGAUUUCCUCUUUGAACCUACCUGAUUAUCGAUCCUUCGUCGCCCUUGUAUCCCAGGAACCUACUUUGUACCAGGGUACUAUCCGCGAGAACAUCCUUCUCGGUACGACUCGAGAUGAUGUCCCCGAUGAAAGGAUCGAACUUGCAUGCCGUGAGGCGAACAUCUACGACUUCAUCAUGUCAAUGCCGGAGGGCUUCUCCACCGUCGUUGGAAAUAAGGGAACCAUGCUCUCGGGCGGACAGAAGCAACGUAUCGCCAUUGCCCGUGCCCUUCUUCGGGAUCCCAGGAUUCUUCUGCUGGACGAGGCUACCAGUGCGCUAGACUCGGAGUCUGAGCGGGUGGUGCAGGCUGCGUUGGAUAAGGCUGCUAAGGGUCGGACUACGAUUGCUGUUGCUCAUCGGUUGUCCACUAUUCAGCGUGCCGAUAUCAUCUAUGUCUUUGAUCAGGGUCGCGUUGUUGAGUCUGGGACGCAUGGAGAGCUCAUGAAGUUGGGUGGUAAAUACUCAGAGCUGGUGAAUCUGCAAAGCCUGGGUGACGCAUCAUAG